GAUGGAGAUUUGGAAUUGUGGUUUUACUUAAUUCUCCGUACUUGCCAAUGAUUAUAACGGCGAAUCGGAUACAACCAUUAAUUCAUACAAUGUUGUGCCCCUGGCCUGAGUGGAUGGAAAGUCAAAACGUAGCUAGAUGUAGAUGGCUAAUGUUGACUAGCUAACGUUGCCCAUGAACGGAAAUUAGGCUAGUGAGCAAGCAUUUUAGCCAGGUGGCCUAGGACAAAAUAAAUGCGUGUAUCACUAUGACAGAGUGAUAGACCAUUUUGUCAACAUUAAAGAGAGGAGGAUAGAGAGAUUAAAGUAGAUGUCACACGUCAAGAUUUGAUGGAUGACCCUAUGUGAGCCUAUGUGACCGCUAUGUGAACCUAAGGGGCUGCCUGUCAGGACAUCCUGGCAGGGGUGGGGGCUGGUUGGGUAAGGGUCCAGUUGUCAGGUCAACCGGUAAUGAUUUAUGACCCAAGCCUGAUUUAUGACCCUAUGUAAUGAUUUAUGACCCCCCUGAUGGUUAGGUGGGGGUCUUUGGGUAAGGGUCCAGUUGUCAGGUCAACCGGUAAUGAUUUAUGACCCAAGCCUGAUUUAUGACCCUAUGUAAUGAUUUAUGACCCUAUGUCCUGUUGUAGCAGGCAUGCCCAUAUUUGGGCUUCCGGUCAGGACAUCCUGGCCGGGGUGGGGGUCUUUGGGGUAAGUGUCAAGCUGUCAAUGUCGUAAAUCAAAAAAAGAUCAUGAUUUAUGACCCUAUGUAGUGAUUGAUGUCCCAAUGGUUUGUAGAAGGGGGGCAUGCCCAUAUUUGGGCUUCCGGUCAGGACAUCCUGAUGGUUAGGGGGGGCUUUUUGGGGUAAGUAAGUGACCAGGUGUCAUGUCAAACUGUUCCUGGAUGUCUAGUGUUGGGGGUUGUUAAUGAACAUUUCAAAGAGGCUGGCUUUGCAGAAGCCUUAUAAAGCCCCAAAACAAUGCAUGUUUAAGAUUGUACAAGAUAAACCCCCUGAAUAUUAAACAAAAAUGACACAACUGGCAAUUUAUGGUAUGUUAUGCUCGGCUUGUCAUGAACCCAGUGAACAAAGCAUUGAGGAAGUUCUGUGUGAAGCUCCAGAAUGUUUUAAAGGAUUUUUGGGUACGAGCGAGGGCCAUAUGUCUUACAUAUUCCAGCCGGAGGAUUCUACGGUAAAGAUCUUCAACGCCAGUGGCCCCAAACCCGUUUAUCAGGCAAAACCUGGGAGUUUUUCUCCUGCUCUGGGCAUGAGAGAAUGGCUAAACAUCAGGCUGGCUCUUUGUAAAAUUGAACAGGUCCUGAGUGGCACAGCUGUGCCAGGCUAUGCGUUGGAAGAACAGGUCUUCGGACGCAGUGAUCUCAAGGCUCUAAGAAUUGCUUCAAUGGACUAUAACCCUGACAACAAAGUGACAAUUUUAGCCUGUCAAGUUUAUGAUGCGGGUAAUGCUACAAAGUCUGUCAAUUCUCCAGUAGCAUCCAGAGCAUGCAAAGAUGUCAACUUUUUUAUUCCUGUGUUUAGUUUUAAAUGGGUGGAUUAUCCAAUUUUCAUAACACUUAUGAAUAAGCUGGACAUUCUCUUCAAAAAUCGCGAACAGUUAAGGCGCUGGCCUCGGCUUUUCUUGAGACAUAGCCAGGACCAAAAGGCCCGACGUAGGAUGUACCCCUGGAGUGAAAACUUACCAAGUGUUGAUGAGCCUGGCAAGAGAUCCCGGCAUUUUGAUGACCAACUGGACACUGACAAUGGGGGGUGGUUGCAUCAGAUCCCUGGAUCUGUAAGAAAGGCUUCGUAAAAUACCUUAAGAAUGUAACGCUAUAAAAUGUAUGUACUAAAUAUUUUGAAUGAAAUAAAUGGUUUUAAAAGCAGAAUCUCACCACGUUAUGAACUCUCGCGUUUGUUCACUCUUAGCGCAGUCUGUCCCUGAGAAGAAAAAAAAACUUGCGCAAUGUGCGCGCGUAUGGGCGUGCGUGUGAUGUAGUGGCUGUGUGUGUGUGUGUGUGUGUGUGUUUCAAAAACAGAAAAAGGGGGCGAGGUGUUUGUUAAAAAAAUACCCUUGCAUCUGCGCUCAAGGCUCUCUAUGCAUGGGGGUCGUUUGAAACCGAGGUUUACACUAUCUGGCAAAACAGAUACCUAAAAGUCAUUCAGCCCAGCGCUGUCGAGACAUCCCCACCCCCAGCAUCUAGAUGCUAGCCCCCGGAGAUUUUAGAAUAUCAAAAGAUACCUAAUGUUUAGACACCACCCAAUACCCUAUGUUUGAACCAAAUGGCUGGUGUUUGAACCACAUGCCUUAGGUUUCAAAGAUAACUUUUAGGCUGUUUUAGCGCGAAAAAAUACGACACCACGCGAGUCAUACGGCUACAAAAGCUAAGCAAAACAGGUCCCCCCUGUUAGCUUCGUUUUCGCGCAUUUACCCUACAGCAUUCCCCCAGGAAUAGUUAUCGGACGGACCCCGUUAAAAAAGAUCAUCUGGUAAAAACCCUCCUCAUGGAUAUUUCUCAAGGUUAGUUCUUGAAAUAAAUAUUUACAUAUGCUAUAUAUUAGAUUUGUUUGUUCUUGGGAAUUGUUUGAAAACGUUGUAUGUUAUAGAAAUAUUAAACAGGCCUUAGGGCCCGGAUUCUUAACGUAUAAAAUGUCAAUAUUAGCUAAAAUGAUUAGAGCUUUAAUAUUAUCUAAUGUUUUUUUUUAGAUUCUCAAACCUUCACUCAGAUUCUCCGAGAUAUAACUGAACUCGAACCGGCCGUAGGGUCUCCGGAACAAAUUGCUUACAUCCCAACGCCGACCCUGAAUUGUACGGAAAUACAUCCUAGAACGGGUGCCAUAGGGAGUCUACACGGUUUCUGUGAAGGAUAUGCCUACGAGACAAUUGUGCCCUACUCCCAGGAUGUAUUUACACACAAGCCGCAAACAGAGACUUUAAACGGCCUGUCAACUCCCCUGACCCAGGACCGUUGAACGCCCCCUAUUAAACACCAACGGACAAUCAGGGCCCAGAUCCACAGGUCCGCUUCACCCGAACAAUACUACUGGGAGGGUAUUCACGAGACAGCGUUACAAGGACAAGGCUCACAAGCUACAGACCAGGCAGAUGCUAUAAUUAGGGUUGCCCAAAGAAAUGUUCCCGAGUUCUCAGAGCUUCUUCAGAACAGCCCUCUUCAAAAAAGCCGAGACUCCUCGCCGGCUUAUAAAGACCUCCAAGAAGCUACACAUCUAGAUCCCGAGGAGGCGCCAAAGACCCCAGUCACCAGAACAGCGAAGCCUGAUGAUUUCAAAGUUUUAAAUGACAUUUCUGAGGUAGACGAUUUGAUGUUCUGUGAAGUGGCCAACCUUAUUGAAGCGGCCAAUUCUGGUGGGGCAAUAGCCUCUUGUGAAAUAGACCAAGCCGUGCUUUUCAAGGCUUUUACACAGGGUUUAAAAUCACGAAAGGCUUUACUUCAACGUCGUAUGGGUAUUCUAUUCGAACAUCAAUACAAUCAGGAUGUGUCAUUCUGGCGUAGAGAGCUUCCCCGCAUGUUAAACAACAGUAGGGUUAAAACAAGCAAAUACCUCCGUUAAAAAACACAUAUGUAAAAAAAAAAACACAAGCACACACAUCCUUAAGUAGAGAAAUGGCGCCCCCUAUAGACCUAAGCGAGACAAUUGAAACCCUCUUAGCGGAAAUCCCUACAGAGCUCCAAGAUAUAAUUAACCAUAUGAAUGAUUCUGGGCUAAUUGACAUAGGGGCUAUAGAUGAAAACCUAUUAUCCCAGAUUCCCUCCGAACUCAUUGAAAUUAUUACACGUAUGAAUGAGUCAGGGUCUGCAGAUGAAAACAGGUUAUCACAGAUACCCGAAUCAAUCAUAUCUUUAAUUACCCAGAUGAACGAGAGCCCAAGGUUUAAUUCUGCACCCCCUACACCUCUAAGCCAUCCUUUAACACCCUUGUUCGAAGAGGAAACCCAAUACGAUGUUUUUGAACAGCUGAACAAAUGUCUAUCAAAUCUGGAGCGGGAAGGUCUUGAUCACAAUGUACAGAACGAAAGCCCUAGGUUUAAUUCUGCACCACCUACACCUCUAAGCCAGCCUUUAACACCCAUGUCUGAAGAGUCUGAAACCCAAUACGAUGUUUUUGAACAGUUGGACAAUUGUCUAGCAAAUCAGGAUGGGGAUGGUCUUGAUCGCAGUGAACAUGUUUUGUAUCAAAAUAAAUUCCACAAUAUUGAGGUUCGACAGUUUUUCAAUUUCGCAUGGGGGGGUCAGAUUCGGGAAUAUGCUGUGUUUUACGUAAUGCUUAUGGACACUUUGAAUGAACUGGUAGAUAGAGUUAGAGCUUAUAGCCAACCAAGGGAUACCUUACAGUUGGAAAUUUUUGGAGACAGUCUGCAGAGCCGUGUGUCGCUUAUUUUAAAUAGGGGUGAAGCAGAUCUUGAACAAUUUGUUAACCUGCUAGAACGCCUUGUUCAGUCAAAUUUAAACGUGCUAGCAGAUAGGACCCUCGAACUUGUAGUACAAUUAGUCCGGCCACCACAAGGGGGCGGCGGGCAGAGACGUAAACUCGAUAGCCUGAUGCAGUCCGAAAUCAUAAGCAAUAAAAAGGCCUACCUCAUAAUCGUUCACAAUCAUGGUAAUAAGCUAUGCUUUGCCAUAGGUUUGGCCCACUUACUCAGCCCUGGAUGUACAGAGCGCGAAGCGUUACAGAAAGCUCAAGAGCUACAAAAGGCUGUGGGUUUAGGUAUACAGGAGGCUGUGGCUUUCUCAGACAUAGGCAAAUUUGAAAACUUUCUGAAUAUCAAGAUUGUGGUUUUUCUGCCCUGUGUCGGCCUGAGAGGAGGCGGUGGCCAUGACACCUCCAGCUCUGCCCCCUUCUUCUAG